GUGAUCAAGGUCGAACUUUUGCAGAAAUGUCCUGCCAGCAAAGCCAACAGCAAUGCCAGGCCCCUAAGUGCCCCCCGAAAUGUCCACCAAAAUGCCAGACCCCUAAAUGUCCUCCCAAGUGCCCACCAAAGUGUCCCCCCAAGUGCCCUCCCAAGGCUCCAUGCCCUCCUCCAGUCUCUUCCUGCUGUGGUUCUAGCUCUGGAGGAUGCUGCAGCUUGGGUGGAUGCUGUGGGUCCAGCUCUGGGGGAUGCUGCAGCUCUGGGGGAUGCUGCAGCUCCGGAGGAUGCUGUGGCUCUAGUGGUGGCUGCUCCCUCUUUUCCCAUCACAGGAGAUCCCGCAGGAGCAGGCGCCAGAAAAAUGACUGCUGUGACAGUGGCAGUGGACGCAGCCAGCAGUCUGGAGGCUGCUGUGGUAGCUCUGGAAGCUCUGGAGGUUGCUGUGGGAGUUCUGGAGGCUGCUGUGGCAGCUCUGGAGGCUGUUGCUGAUAAUCUGAUACUCUUCACCAAGAGAAGCAACUUUAUAAUGGAAUCAGUGGCUGAUUUCCUUCCUCUUCCUCCCUUUUCUUCAUCUCAAGAUGUACCAUGUAGAAUCUGAUCUCCAGAAGCCCUUAAAUCAUCUGUGCCUUGGAUUUACCUGAUUUCAAUUCCACUUUUCUCCUUUAGACACUGACUAUUUACAACAUUAAAUCAUUUAUUUAUGACUCUA